CGGCAGCAAGCCACAACGUGCUAAGCCAGGGCCAGGACGGAGUCUGACGGCACAUCGCCCGCGCGUGUCAAACAGGCCCCGCUAGCCUCGCCGCUGCUAUGGACAGCGCCGGCCUCUCGCGCUGGCCAGAGGUGCUCAUGCUGGCGCAGGUCGUGCUGCUCUACCUCCUCACAACACAGCUCGCCAAGAUCCAGUCGCAGCUCAAGCUCGUCCUCACCUCGGCCGCCGUCGCCUCCGUCCCCGCCGCCGCCGGCGGCGAAGUGCAGCCGCAGCAGUCGCCGCGGCCGAGCGCCUCCUCCGUCGGCGUCAAGUUGGCACGCAAGCCGACGCUCGACAAUCUGCUGCCAGACGAGAGCUACAUCCAGCACCAGGCGUACACGCGCGAGGUUGCGCGGCUGUACAACGCCGCCAACUCAAAGGCGAAGGGGAGGCGGCUGUACAAGGUCGUGUACGUGCUCGACCUGCGCGGUAUGGGCGUGGCGCACCUGAACAAGCGCCUCCUCUCCCUCAUCAAGGAGGUGAACGAGCUGUUUGGCUGGUACUACCCCGAGACGGUCUACCAGUUCUACAUCAUCAACGUGCCCCUCGUCUUCCGCACCGGUUGGUCGAUCAUCAAGCCGUGGAUCCACCCGAUCACCGCCGCCAAGUUCGCCGUCCUCGGUGGCGACUGGGGCAAGCGGCUCGACCAGGCCGGCAUCUCCCUCACGGGGGGGGACUUGCCGCGGCGGCUCCCCUCCUGGAUGGCGGAGGCGGAGCGGCUGCUCGAGCGCGAGACCCUCGAGACGCUCUCGCUGGGCUACAUGCCGCACGACGACCUCGCGAGCCUCGGCAUCCAGGCGCCGGGCUGAGAGGUUGGAGGGCCGCAGUGGCAGAGUGCAGGGCCGGACGCUGGUGAUGGAGGUGUCGUGCAGCGCUGUGCUAGGCAGGGGGGGUUCGCUCGCGGUGUUUCGAGCGUUAUUUCAACACACGAGACCGAGCGCUGUCGUUUGGCGGCUGGGAAGGUAAUUAGCUGGAC